AUGUCCAUCCACUCCGACCCCGACGCGACCGACUCGCAACUGUACUCCGGCCUUCCCGCACCACUUCACCUCCCCCCGUCAGAGCUACUAGAACACUAUGAGCCCAAUGUCCUCGCUCCUUUAGUGAGAUGCUCGAAACUCCCCUUUCGACACCUAACAUCGCUUUAUGAAACCCACAUCACUCACACACCUAUGAUACUCGCUGAGGAAUUCUCAAGAGCUCAGAUAGCAAGAGUAUCAGAUUUCUCUACUUCCUCCGAGGAACGGGGUGUUUACUGGAUGACCCCUAGUUCUGGCUCUAGCUCUAAAGGAAAAGGAAAGGAGGCGGUUAGAGUCAAUCAUCCAGACGAUGAUCAUUUAUCCCCUUCGACCGACGAGCUUAUAACAUAUUAUCAACCACCAUCCACCACAAAAGACAGAUUACCUCCAAGCCCUUCUCCACCAAAUAGAGAUGCGGUGUUAGUCCGAGGAAAUCUGAUUGCCCAAUUCGCUUCUCCCAAUGCCAAAUCCCUUGCGGACGCUGCGGAGCUCAUAUCGCCUUACGUAGAUGGGAUUGAUCUCAACUGUGGGUGUCCCCAGCGUUGGGCAUAUAAUGAGGGAAUAGGAUGUGCGUUAUUGAGAAAACCGGAAUUGGUAAGGGAUAUGGUCAGAGGAGUGAGGCAGAGAAUGGGUUGGGGUUGGAGUGUUAGUAUUAAAAUUAGGAUAGAUCCUGAUCAGAAACAAACCGAAACACUCAUUCGUAAUGCACUGUCGGCCGGUAUAUCCUAUCUAUCAAUUCACGGUCGUACUCGCCAUCAACAAUCUACCGACCCCGUCAACCUUGAAGGAAUCAAGUUCGCAGUGGAAACUGUCAAAGGCGAAGUACCAUGUACGGGUAAUGGGGAUAUAUGGAGUUAUGAGGAUGUGGUGACUAUGAGGGAAAAGACGGGUGUCAAAGGUGUGAUGGCUGCUAGAGGAUUAUUAGCCAACCCCGCUCUAUUCUGUAAUUACCCCUCGACGCCCUCUCACGCCGUAUCGCAAUUCAUCUCCUUGUCAACCUCCUACGGUCUGAUCUUCCCCUUGUUCCACCGUCAUUUGGCAUACAUGCUUGAAAGUGAUUUCUCCAGGAACGAAAAAGUCUGGUUCAACUGUCUGAGUAGUAGUACCGCUGCGAUCGAUUGGUUGGAAAAUAGAGGAUUGGAUUGGAGGAAGGAUAGAAGUACGAUUUGGGACGCUAGGAGGGGAAGGGGAGUUUUGAGCACUGUAUAG